CCAAACCCAGUCCUGUUCCCAAUCCCAGUACAGAGGCGAUCGCCCCACCCCCCCCCCCCCCCCCGGUACCACCGGCGAUGACCGAAAACACCGGACUCCCUGGCGUGCGUAGCCCCGCCCCUUCCUGCGGCGCCUGCCCAAUGAGUGCGCAGGCCGCGGUUUAAAUGGGGGGCGGGGGCUGAGCCGUUGGUGCCGCCAUGGGUAGCGCUGAGGGUACAGAUUGGGUUGAUGUUGCCAAUGAUCUUUUAAGGACCUGUCACAUAAACCAGCACAUAAAGCAUCUCUCAGAAUGUGGUGCUGACGUGUUUGUUCGUCUUUAUGAGUCAAUCUUAGGAGAAAGAGUACCAGAUUUCAUAGCUGCUCCCGGAAGCCAAGAGGAUGAUGCACAUAAUGUACAAGCAGUAAUAGAUUCCCUGGCAUUGGAUUAUUUGCAGGUCAGCUUGUCUCACAUCACUGGUGAGAACAUUGUGAAAGGAGACAGGGAAUCUAUCAAAAACCUCCUUGAAAUAUUUGAUGGUUUGUUAGAGUAUCUUAGAGAAGUCAGUGAAGCAUCUUCUCAGACUGGAGCUGAUAUAAAUGUGCUGUCCAGGGAUGAAAUUCAAAUUGCAUCUCAAGAGCAGCUGGAAAGCACUGCUGGUCAACUUAUACAACAUACACUACUCUCAUCAGUUGAAGGGUCCCAGUCAGAAUAUUUUGUUCUAACUUGUGAUACAGAUGGCUCAGGAUCUACCAGUGAAUUAAUUAAACUUGGAGAUACUGCUCAUUCAUUUUCCGAGAGAGGGGAAGGAUGGAUGGAGUCUGUUCAUGCUGGUGAACUUCACAAAGGGAGUUUGAGUGUCAGUGAUACAAAACUGGGGGAGCCUAUUCAGCAAGCAAUUCUUCUGCUGCCCCCCUUCCAGCCCUCGGAUCCAGGAUGGAGAGAUUGCCACAGCUCAGACAGACAGGCAGCAGCUUUGGCUUGCAGUCAAGCAGUGAACAUUCCUACUAUUGAAAAGUCACCUAGCAAAAAAUUUGAAGAUGUUUCUGAUAGUCUUCCUCUGUCAAGAAAGAUUCCUGUGGGAGAAAUGGUGGGAUCAGAUGAUGCUGAGGACAAUGUGACAAAGGUGCCUCUGGUAUAUGAGUCUUCUAUAUCUGCCUCCUCUUUUGAGAAAAAGCUUUCACUAUGUGCUGAACAAGUAACACAGACUCCAAGACCUGAAUCUCGGUACCAGCCUAGAACACCAAGAUACGAAAAUUCCACCGCAGAUUUGCUUGAAGAUUCACUUUCCCACAGAACAACAAAGGAGAAGGUGCCUGAGCAAGAGUUUCAUGAAGCAUCAGAAAAUCUGUCUCACAGACUAAAUGAACUAGAUUUAAUGUUGAAGAGAGCUUUGGGUGAGCACAUGAGAGAAGAGGAGCUGACAGAUGAGGACAGCCUGUCACAGCACAGUGACAAUGUCAUGGACUAUGGCCGAAGGGCAGCCAAGAGAGAUACAUCACAUCCAAGGUACUCAGGCAGGCCACGAUCCCUCUCUCCAGCCUCACCCACAUCUCAGCAUCAGGAACAUGAACUUCAUGGUAGUGGAACAGGCCAAAUAAAGACAAUACGCAGCCAGCUGCAGAAAGACAGGGAUGAAAGAACAAGAAAAACAAAGCUGGUCACUAAAGCUUAUGAAAAUGAGCUAAGAAUUUAUGAAGCGAGGGAGAGGUGUAUACUUUCCAAGCUCAGAGAAGCUGCCAAGGAAGUGGAACAAGAGUAUAAAGAAAACAUCUUUCAAGAACCUCCAAAAAUGUCUCAGCCAGUGAAAGUUUAUUCUAGAAAAACCACACCUCAGUAUCCCAAAUACAGCCAGUGGAUUCCAAAACGAGGGAUCAUGAAGCCAAAGCAAGCAGCUCCAAUGACAAUAAGAGACAACGACCUCCUGUUGCAGCUUCUGGAGGAGUUUCCCCACCUGCACAUUUCACCCUGUACUCUGAAUAAAAUGUGGCAGCGGCAGCUUGCACACACUCUGCACCUUAAGGUGCUUUCUGGCAGACCUAGACCAAAACUCCAGAAUGAAGUUGAACAAGCCUUGAAGAAACAUGAGCUGCUUACUGCAAUUAUUAAGAGAGAUCAAGAUCACAGCAAGAGACUGCAAGAAAUCAAGCAGCGCAUCUACCGCCAGAAAUGGGCUCAGAACAAGGUGACAGAGAGGCGGCAGCAGGUGGCCCGGGCCAGGAAAUACUACGAGGACUACAGGGUCCAGCUCCGCGCCAAGAUGAUGCGGGAGAGGACACGGGAGGCAAAGAUAUUUAAAAACUUAUUUGAAGAAGGCUUAGAAAUUCAGAAGCAAAGACUGAAGGACCUGAGAGUAUAUGCUCAAGAGAAGCGUGAUGAACAAUGGAGAGAGCACCAGAAUGAGCUGGAGUCUCUGGAGAACUACUACAAAGAUCAGUUUUCCAUGCUAGCAGAAGCUGUAUCUCAAGAAUUCCAAGAAAUCCAAACCAGAGAGAAAGCACAAGCACAAAUGCUACAGAAAACAAGAAAACAACUGAGAUCAAAGAUGGAAAAGGAAAUACAGCAACUGCAAGCAGCAAUCAUACACAAUGAUGAUGACACCUUUUUUCAAGAACUAGAAGCAGACAGACUGAGAACCAGACUUCAGAUGGCUUCUUUCCAGUACAGCCAAAGCCAUUUCUUCUAAGACUUGGGUAAAUGUCACUGCAGUCCUCCCUGGCUAAGAUGAUCAGAGUCUUUGAGAGCUGCUAUAAUGGGAAGAUGGUGUGAGGCUGUUUUUCUCUCUAAGAUAUCUGUUCUGUCAUUUUGACCUGUCAGGGGUGUACCUGCUGGGAUCUGGGAUCUCCACAGCACUUUUAUGAUUACCAAUGAAGUUUCUGAACUACUUUUUACCUUCCUAGCAAGGCUGGGAUAAUGUUGGGCUCUACUCAGAGGAAGUUGGGAUGAAGUCAGAGGGCUUUAGUGAAGUUAUCCUGGUGGAAGAGUUGGAUGCUGAGGCUCCGCUGCAUCUGUGCUGGGGCUGUUGAUGCUAAGCCCAUGUAACACCAUUAGCCAGAAAUCACGGAUUGGAAAGCGCACAAAGCACAAGAAGAUCUUUAAAAGAACAUUAGAGGUUCAGGUUUCCUGUGAAAGGCCAAGUUAGAGAAUGCCUGUAAUAAACCUGACAUAAAUAACUGGGAAUUUAAAACAUUAAGCAAGGGAAGACUACUUACUUCACUCCUCCUUCAGUUCAUUUGUGUUUGCAGUGUUGGUGUUGCUGGCUUGAUAAAAUAUAAAGGCAUAUAAAAUACUAUUUCUAUGCUACAAAUGCAUUGGGAAAAGUAGUUUGAAAUUAGAACACAAUGAAGGUUCUUCUAAAGCAGCACAUGAUGAGCUUCUGCAAGAGGUGAACCCUCUGGGAAGGAGCUGUGGACAGCAUUCCUAAUCUUCUUCCGGGCCACACUCACAAGUGCAGCCUGAUUACUCCAUCUUCACACUGACAGAACCAGAAUUAAAGAACAAUUAAAUAUUUCACCAGUCAGUUUUUACCUUACUUCAGAUUGUAAGGUCUGAUUCCAGGCAGAGCAGGAGCUGACAGCAGGCACUACACCUGCUGUAGCAUCUUCCAGUGCUAUAACCAGUACAGUGCUCAGCAGGAACUCCAGGUUUUACCAGCCAAACAUGGUGGGCCCCAGGAGGUGCCAACACAGAGGGAUGAGUACUUAAACUAAGAACAAUUACACAAAACCAAGCUGGUACUAAUGAAGUCCAGUACUGAUAGAGUGUCCUCUGCCUCAGUAGAAGAGUUCUUGCUUAAAAUUGCUGUGCGAGAAGUGAUAUAGGAAUACUGGAUUUAAUUGCAUUGUACAUAAAAUACUUAAAGGCUGCUGUGAAGGGGGUGUCUCUGAUGGAACUGACAACACACAGAGAAUUCACACUCAUGCACUGUAAAAAGAGCCGAACAGGAACAAAAGCCGCCCCCAACAUCUGAAGGAGCUGCUUUUACCAAUUAAAUAAACCAGCCAGCUGUUACAGCAUGAGCUACCUCACUGCAAAAAUAGACCCAAAAAACACACCAAAACCUCUCCACAGAACCAGAAACACAGACCUUGACUUCUACAAACCUUUUCAGGGAGUUGGUAUAAGCCUGGCUAACUUGAAACCUUUAAGGGACAAUAUUUAUCAGGUAAAUUGAUGAAAUUUAGCAAGUCUUUACCAAAUUUACCUUUAUUUCCCUCAAGGAUGAUGGUGUAGUUUUGCUGAGUUUUGAGAGGAGACAUCUGUUCACCAGUGCUAGAAUAAUGCUUGUCCUUGCCAAGACCUGCCAGUACCUGAGAGCCAGAAGUAAGACCUGCUGUGUUUGACUAGAACAUUCAGCACACUCCUUGCUGUAGGUAACAGCACAUAGGAAGUCACCAAGUUUUAAGUAUUUUCUGCUGAAACAAAGUUGAGUUACUUAAAAAUGACAUUGUUACAUUUUAAAGUUUUAAUUAAGAAAAACUUAAAACUUUUAAAACCAUUGAUGCUGUGACAGUGCAAACAGCAUACAAUUUAUUGCUCAACUUCUGCAUGGAUACAUACAUGAAGUACUUAAAAACCAUUUUAUACAGAUUUGUUUUUUGUUAAAGCUCAUGUAACAGCUGGGUGAAAAUACAAUGAUACCAACGCUUAAACACUCUGUAAUAAAUACACUGGAAAUGAUAAACUAAGAACUGUCAGUUUGUGGAGGAGUAAUUACACUUGUAUAAACUAAUUACAACUACAGACAAAGCUCUGAGGCUGUGGUAGAGCCAGGAACCUACUACAUAGUGUAAAGUACAACAAAUGGCACCUGUUAACUGUGUGGUGCUGUUUAAAAAGAUGCUACAUUGAGCUGGAGGAUGGUGCUGUGACAGAGGAGCAAAGCUUGAACUUCCAUCAAUGCAGCCAUUUAAACGCACCAGGAGUUCAGUACAGAUGUAGUGUUGUAGAACAGGAAUUUCAAAACAGCUUGUGUGCUCUGGACUUUAGUACAACACAAAAAUUUGGUACAAAUAAAUCAGUUUAGGGAAACUGAAACUAUGUGCAAAAAAAAAAAUUAGAAUACAUACUGUACAAAGCACCAUUACAAAACUCUUUACACCGAGAAAUUAAAUCCUCUGAAACUCAACUGUGAACUGUAUAUUUGAAAUCUACAAAAGUCACUGUUCAUAAUUAAACAUUCAUAAUGAAAAGCAACAGCAUAAAACCAUGAUGUGACAUCUCUCUAAAACAACUAAAGACUGGAUAAAGCAAAACCCAGUAAGAGGGACACAUUGAAAUAAAUAUUCACAUUAAUCAUGGGGUGAAAGUCCAAGGUUAAAAUGCAAUAUUAGGCUUAGCACCUUUUUGAGGGGAAAGUAGCUGACAUUCUUGAAACAAAAUUUUGGAAAGGCAUCAAGCCUUUACCAUUUUCAGAUAAACGUCUGACUGGGUGAUGAGGUGCUUUAGUUAAAGCUCUCAGUCUUUAUGAAGGUAUAAAGGCACUCAAAAUACUUGGUAUAUUCAUCCUCAUCUGUCAGCUAUGGAAAGUUCAAUACAGAUUUGUCUAGUUUUGCCUAUAAUAUAUUAAAUUUACAAUACCUGUGGCAGUUAAAAAAAUUCUCAAUGCCAUACCAAAAUGUUUGGUAGAAAAACAGAUGUACUGCUAAGGCUGCUGUGAAAAUGAAUGUAAUUAUCAGCUGAUCUCGGGUCUCUAUUCUGCAGAGCUCAUCUCCUCCGUCCCUGAAGAUGCUUUUAUGACAGCAAGGUGACUGAAUAAACUAUGCAUUCAAUAAAUCCACCAGCCAGAUUUUA